CCUUCAGUGUGUGCUUUCUGUUCCUCCCCGCAGCUUCUAUGACUUAAACAACACCUCCACCCUGAAACCUCCAGCCAACACAUGUAUUUCCCCCCAGACACUUGUGCGUCAAACGGCGAAAACUUUUUGACAGCUUCCCUGUUGGAGUGACAGCCUGCCGCAUCUCGUUGGAGUCUGGUGGAGAAGCUUUUCACUCCCCCCACCUACCCACCCACUUCUGUUUUCCUAUCCUUUCCAGUCCUGUGUGCAGAUUUUGUCCCCCUUUGCUUUCAACCUGUCACCUGGGUGUAGUGUCUGCGUCCUGGUGCCAACAUAACGCGGUCUGACCGGAGCGUUGACGCCGGGUUCACCCCACCUCAACCCGGGCAUCAUGAGGAGCUGGCGGCGGCGGAGGGAGAACUUUGCUUUUCUGCUUUUCGAUCUCCUCUUGUGCCUGUCCACGGCAGCAGAAAAUGCUGACAAUACAGUUUACAACACGCAAGAAGGAAGUCGUACGGACAAAGGAGGAAAGCUGGACGACACAGCAAAACCAGAACGCUAUGAGACCACCAUACCGCUACUACUGCAAGGCCAGGAGCGCAGACCUCUCAGCCAGCUCAAAACUGGGAACUAUCCCACGUCACUCCAGCUGCUAGUUCGGGCGGAAGGCACACAGCUGAUCCUGUUGCUGGAAAAAAAUGAGGGUCUUUUUGCAAGCCAUUACACUGAGACACAUUACCUGGAGGAUGGAAGUGCAGUCACCGGUGCUCACAACUUUACGAAUAACUGUUACUAUCACGGGGUCGUUUUGGAGCAACCAAACUCCGAUGUCACCCUCAGCACCUGCUCAGGCCUUCGAGGCUUCAUCACACUUGAAAACAAGACAUUUAUCAUCGAGCCAGUGCCCGGUCAUGACACGGCUGCCCACUUCAUAUACCGAGUGGAAGAGCUCACACUAACCCCAGGAGCCUGUGGCCACGGUUUCAAUAUGUCCUCUGCUGGGCCCAAAACCCACAUCAUAAGCCCUGUCCAAUCCUUCCACUCCAGGCAUAAAAGACACACUCAGAAAACAACCAAAUAUGUGGAGCUGAUCAUCGUUGCAGACAACAGAGAGUUCCAGAAGCAGGGAAAGGACGUAGAGAAAGUAAAGCAGAGACUGGCAGAGAUCGCGAAUUAUGUGGACAAGUUCUACAGGGCUCUGAACAUCCGAGUGGCCCUGGUGGGUCUGGAAGUGUGGAGCGACUCUGAUAAAUGUCCCAUCACCCAGGAUCCUUUCACCACCCUGCACGAGUUCCUGGACUGGAGGAAAGUCAAACUGCUGCCCCAGAAGCCUCAUGACAACGCUCAGCUCAUAAGCGGCGUUUAUUUCCAGGGCACUACCAUCGGCAUGGCGCCCAUUAUGAGUAUGUGCACCGUUGAGCAGUCCGGAGGUAUUGUCAUGGAUCACUCGGAGAAUCCUCUGGGUGCAGCCGUCACUUUGGCACAUGAGCUUGGACACAACUUUGGCAUGAACCAUGACACUCCAGAGCGUGGCUGUGGCUGCAGGAUGACUGUGGAUCGUGGUGGCUGUAUCAUGACUCCCUCCACAGGGUAUCCAUUCCCAACAGUAUUCAGUACGUGCAGUAAGAAGGACCUCGCUGCCAGUCUGGAGAAAGGCGUGGGCAUGUGUCUUUACAACAUGCCUGAGGUCAAGGUGCUUUACGGUGGCCAAAAGUGCGGAAAUGGUUACGUGGAGGAAGGAGAAGAGUGUGACUGCGGAGAGCCGGAGGAAUGUAUGAACCCAUGCUGCAAUGCCACAACGUGCACCCUGAAGGGGGAUGCAGUGUGUGCCCAUGGACAGUGCUGCGAAGACUGCAUGCUCAAACCGGCUGGGACCCUAUGUCGAGAGUCCAGUAACUCAUGUGACCUGCCUGAGUUCUGCACCGGUGCCAGCCCUCACUGCCCGGCCAAUGUUUAUCUGCAUGAUGGUCACGCCUGCCACAACGUGGUGGGCUACUGCUACAACGGCAUCUGCCAGACACACGAACAACAAUGCAUCACCCUGUGGGGACCUGGAGCCAAACCUGCUCCAGGGAUCUGCUUUGAACGAGUCAACUCUGCAGGAGAUCCUUACGGGAAUUGUGGGAAGGAUUCCAAAGGCUCCUUUGCCAAAUGUGACGCAAGAGAUGCAAAGUGUGGUAAAAUUCAGUGCCAAGGAGGAGCCAACCGACCAGUGAUUGGAACAAACGCCGUUUCUAUUGAAACCAACAUCCCGCUCCAGGAAGGGGGGCGGAUUCUGUGCCGAGGAACGCAUGUUUACCUCGGUGAUGACAUGCCGGAUCCUGGACUGGUUCUGGCUGGUACGAAAUGUGGAGACGGCACGGUCUGCCUGAAUCGCCAGUGCCAGAACGUCAGUGUCUUUGGUGUGCAUGAGUGCUCUGGGAAGUGCAAUGGACGUGGGGUGUGCAACAACAAGAAGAACUGUCAUUGUGAAGCACAUUGGGCACCUCCAUUCUGUGAAAAAGCAGGAUUUGGAGGUAGCAUUGACAGCGGGCCGAUGAGAGUGGCAGAUGUGCGUGUGUGUGUAUUAAUGUGCGUGUUGUCAUAUGUGGCAUCAGCUGACAGUGUGGUCAUUACUGUGGCCAUCCUGGUGACCCUGGUCAGCCUGCUGAUAGUUGCUGGAGUUCUAAUAAUGAAGAGGAAGACUCUACUGCGCCUCCUGUUCACUAAUAAGAAGAGCACCUUGGAGAAACUCAGAUCUGUGGAAACCAACAGACCAACCAGCCCCAUCAGGACCCAGUCCCUGUACAGACCAACACCACUGCGUAAACCACCUCCUAAACCUACCGGAGCCAACAUUUAUAAGCCAUCCUUCCUGAGUGCGGAGCCUCUUCUCCCUCCCCACAACUUCCACUCUCACAGUUUGCGCCGGCUGCCUUUCUACCAGCCGCUGCACAUCAGCCAACCCAUGCCGGUGUCACUGAGUGUGGGCCAGCCCACCCUGCCUCCUCUCCCAGCCCACCAGAGGGUCCUCCCCACCCACACGUCCCUAUCGCCACCUCGAGGGCCACCUUUCCACACUCUGCCCCGCCAGCAGUCGGCAUACAGAAUGGACCAGGACUUCGAGAAGCCCAGUCCACCCCAGAAGCCCCUCCCUGCCGACCCACUAGGGAGGACUUCUCGACGGGGUCACAGUCCCUCUGCUGCAGGGAUCCGCGUCCCGGGCACUGGACCCCUCCCCAUCCCUAUCCCAACCGUUCCCAGACCUCCACCCACUAUUCCUUUACCCAGCAGACCUGUGCCGGUGUUACCCUACAGACCACCAAAGACAACGGACUCCUGAGCUCUGGACCUUGUGGACGAAUGGAUCUCCUGCUAACGGAUGGAGACUUUAUUGAUUUGCACUAACUACUCGGAGACUCUGCGGGAUCUUUUUUGGACAGCUGAAAGUGUCACAAACUUUCUAAAAACAAUGGGCGCUUAUCACAACUGGGUGCCACGCCUCUUUACGGUGCUAUGUUGUCCUCACUCAGGUACCAAUGAACUAUUUACCUAUUUAAUAUUUAACUUCACUAUUAAUAGUUUGUGCAACAAGCACAGAUUUCUUCCCAAGGAAAAGUUUUAAAAAAUACAAACAUGUUGUCAUAUAGGACAUUUCUUUUGCAUUUUUUUGGUGAUUUUUAUACUUUUUUCUUAGAUAAAAUGCUUAAAUAUAAUGUUUUUAUAAGCAAUGAUAUUGCUUGGAAAAAUUGUAGUGCAAACACUUUGCUUUGGACAAAGACAAAGGGAAAUGCAGCACAACUCCAGUCAUCAUUGCAAGUCAGUGGAGCGGUGCAAGGAUUUGUGUCAGUAUUCAGUUAUUCAUGUUUUUAUAAUGCAUCAGAUUCUAGAUGCAGCUUGUCCAUCUGUGCCACCAUCGUGCUAUACAACAGUAUAACACAUUAAUGGCGUUCAGUGUCUAGGUUUAUAAUCUACAUGACUGGGUAAAAGAACUCACUUCAAAGCCUUGAACCACAUUUUAUUACCUUUUUAUUAUUUUAUAAAUCUACUCUGGUCAUGUCAGACGCUCCCACUUAGCCUCCUCCAUUUCCUUAUAAGUGCAUGUUUGCAGUGAAGUGCAAACAUAAAAAGUACUUCUCACACAUUCUGCACCGGCUAUGACACACCGCUCGGAGCAUUUGUUGGACCCUGGGCACAUUCUCCUGAUACUGGCAGAGGCUUCAGUCCGAACAGGUUUGACAGACUGAUUGUGUUCCAGAGAAUUACUACAGCAACACCAAAUAAUUCAACAUCGACUGGUGUUUGUAUGUUUAACAUUUUCACUCACUUAGUAUGUGACUGUGUGAGCCAAGAAGGAUGACUUCAGCGCUGUGUGUGCUCUCCAAACCCCUCCUCCACCGUGACCAACGAGAUGUGUUAUCGUGUCUGUCCGUCUUUCUUCGCCUUCACUACAUUCCAUCAGGAUUUUGUAUGUUUUUAUUCUUGGACUGAGACUAUUCACAGCACAGGUCAUUAGAUUACAAGCUUGGCGUUGCACUUUUGAGUUAUGCACUUUUUUUGUCAUUUGUUGUCGAUUUGCAAUUUUUGAGAGAAUGUCAGUGAUUGUUUCAGUGUAUAUCACUAUCAAACUUUUCCAUUUUAUACGUGCUGUUUGUCCAGAUGCAGUACGUAUUAUUUCACCGCUGUCAGUUGGAAACAGGCACCAGUAAUGCACUACAUAACUUAAGUUGCAUCUGUGUACAUGAGUGUGCAAGUAAAGAUUAUUCAUGUUUCAGAAGUGUUCGAGAGUUACACAGUGAACAGUCCGAGUGCUGUAACUCCACCGUGGUGAAAAAAUGUGUUAGUGUUGUGUCAAUUAAUUGUUGUUCAAUGUUUAUGUCAUUUGUAAAUCCAAAAUGUACUGUGCUUAUUUGCAUAAUUGUAACACAAUCGAAAGCCAUUGUGAAUUGUACAUAUUUUACGUUGAUGAUCAUAUCUUUUUUUUUCUUUUACUUUUUUUUAGAAGCACAGUAUCAUAAGAAUUACUUUGAGGCCCUGCCCUGUUUACACUGGUUAGUGUAAAAAAUAAAUAAAUAAGCAUUUUGACAUUUCA